CUUAACUUGUUGUGCUUGUGUCGCUCUUUGCACGAAACGAAACGUUUUUUCCGUCGAACUCGAGAUAAGUAGUGUAAAUAAACGUGUUUCUUUUAAUUUUGAGUGAAAUAUUAGGCUACAGUCUGUAGCGGUGUGGAUCACCGACGUAUUUUGUGAGAAAGAAAGUGUUGAAAACUUGAAGCAAAAUGUCAUCGAAACUAGUUCUGCCCGUAGCUCUGGGUCUAUCCCUAGUGACGGUGACUGCGUUUGUAGUGUACUAUGUUUUCAAGAAAGACGAGGAAGAUGGUGAUAAGACGGUCAAGAGCUCCCGUGUCAACGUAAUCGAAGUCAACAUACCCAAGAGUAUUGUUCCAGCUUUGAUUGGCCGAAGCGGCUCCAAUAUCAAGGACAUAGAGAAGAAAUCCGGCGCAAUGAUCCACUUCAGGAAGUUCAGCGACAAAGACUACGACGUGUGCAUCAUCAGGGGCCGAAGUAACGCCACCCAGCUGGCUGAGACGCUGGUGCACGAGUUCUUGCAAAACCAGCCCCUUAUUCAAGAGGAUACUAUGACAGUUCCCGGAUGGGCAUGCGGCAGGAUCAUAGGCGCAGGAGGCGAAUCCAUCAACGACAUCAGCCACCGCAGCGGCGCGCGCGUCAAGAUCGACAACUCGGGCACGCGUGACUCCACCACGCGCACCGUGGCCCUGCGCGGCACCGCUGACCAGAUCACGCAGGCCAAGAAGCUCAUUGAAUCCUGUGUGGCCCAGGAGAAGUGUAGACGCGAGAUAGAGCAGUCGAAGCGCAGUCCGCGGCAUGCGCAGGCGCAGUCGCCGCCGUCCCCCGCCAGCGAACAUUCCGACGACACAGGUACAGCCACCGCACGACGCAACAAGUAUAAACGCCCUGAGGGUUCGACCGCGUCUAUCGAAGUCUAUGUCUCUGCCGUGUCUUCGCCGUCUCGGUUCUGGGUGCAGCUGGUGGGGCCGCAGGUCACCCAGCUGGACGACUUGGUGUCCCACAUGACUGACUACUACGGACGCGCUGAGAACAGAGAGAACCAUACGCUGAAGCAAGUGUCGGUGGGCCAGGUGGUGGCGGCCGUGUUCCGCCACGACGGGCGCUGGUACCGCGCGCGCGUCCACGACAUACGGCCCAACGAGUUCGAUGCCACGCAACAGGUGGCUGACGUGUUCUUCCUGGACUAUGGGGACAGCGAGUACGUGGCGACACACGAGUUAUGCGAGCUGCGGGCGGACCUGCUGCGACUCAGGUUCCAGGCAAUGGAGUGUUUCCUAGCGGGCGUAAAGCCUGUAGGCACAGAGGAAGACACAGUCGGGGUGACGGCGGCCGGCGCGCGCUGGGAGCGCUGGCAUCCGCAGGCCGUCGAGCGGUUCGAGGAGCUCGCACAGGUGGCUCGCUGGAAGCCGCUGGUGUCCCGCACGUGUACGUACCGCCGCGCCUCCGCCGACGGUGACAAGGACAAGGAGAUCCCCGGGAUCAAGCUGUUUGACGUCACUGAAGAGGGCGAGUUGGACAUCGGUGCGACGCUGAUUGAGGAGGGCUGGGCGGUGGCGGCCGACACGUCGCCGCGGCCCUCGCCGCCGCCACCCGGCACGCCCUUCGGGGACCUUGGCAACUCCAGAGUACUAGGCAUGUUGAUGGGCGACGGCAGCGCGCGCGCAUCCUCCGUGCCGAAAGAUCACAGGGACGAGCCCGGCGAACAUGACAAGCGGUUCCCCUCCGUCGCUGAUAAAGAAAACGACAAGAUGACAACAUCGAAAUCUCUCGCGUCAGGACUGGAGAAGUCUGAAGAAGAGAAGUCUAAACCUAAAUCAGUAUCUAACUUCGACCUAUCGUACCCUGGUGGGGCCACAGGGGCCUCACAUCCCCACGUGAACGGGUCCCACGACCUCCUAGCCGCCGAAAGAAAGCUACACGACUCCACAGAAACCCUGACCCCCCCUCACGCAUACAGCGAAGAACUAAAAGCGAAUAUGAACAGAAUAGAUUCGCAUCACGGAAAUUUAGAGGCCUUAGGGCGGUCGCAGCAGGACUUACAUAAGUUACACAAGUAAGAUGUUGGAAUCUUUACAUUAUUAUAGAAUUUAGUAUUCAACAUAAUUGUAAGUGUGAACUUUAAAGCAGCCUGUCGACUAGAGCGGACGGAAUAUUGAGAAAUCUGAAAUGUUUUGAUUCCUGCGUUAUAACAUGGAGUAACUAAUAUACUACGUUAAACAAAGGGUACCUCGCCAUACUAGAAAAGUGAUAACUGUCAAAAUGUUCAUCACACCGCCACUAGAUGGCACUUAUUUCCAUAUGUCAGCUUAUACGGUAGCGACAUCUAGUUAUUCCAUGGUGAAAUAGAGUUAUUAUAUACUACAGUACAUUGGUACUAUAUCUAAAAUGUAUGGAUGUGACCAGUCAUGGUUAUCGCUAGGAAAGCUGUCAAUAUAAUACAUUUUCAUGACUAUAUAAUCAUCGGCGUAUAAGUUGAACAAUGUCUCUGAUCGUGAAUGUCGAUUUUUCGUUCGCUCCAGCGGGCACAGCGUAUAUACCUGUUGGUCAUAGAUAUACGCAGAAGUGCAAUUGAAAAUAUAAAUUUAUGGUACGUUGUGUACCAUUUUGGUCCAAAAAACUAUAUUUAUAUCAAUGUUUUCCGUGUUUUAAUAAGAAAGUAAUAUUGGUUUGUCUCACAAUUUAAUCAAUAAUAAAUAAACUUGGAUCAUGCAGGAUAAUCUUAAUUAUCUAGUACGUUGUAUAAUGUUGAUUGAUGCAUCUUUCUUCUACGGUGUGACCAUAGAGAAAGAUAUGCAAAUGGUGUGAUGAAACUAUGGUUGUCUCACUCUCUUCUUUAAAAAAGUUUUGAUCGUGAACUUUUAAAAAAAAAACUUUGUUUAUCCAAUGAGAUUGGUAUCUGGAUAUAUAUUCUGAAGUUACUUAAGUAAAGGAUGAUGUCGCGAUCUUUUAUACAUAUUUUUCUAUUUCAAAUUGUAUUUUAGUAGGCACUACGGCCGCCUGGCAAAAAAGAGAAGAAUUUCGUAUUAAUGCACCCUCUUUCAUAAUUCAGUGCAAAAAUAAGCGAAAAAAAUACUUCAUGAAAAAAUGUGUGCAGCCCCUGAUAUGUCAAUGUCAAAGUGACAUUUCCGUCACCAUAGACAUAUCUUUUGUCUUUUUUUGCACCGAUUUUAUGGCAAUAUAUUUGCUUUAACUCUUUUUUUUUGGUAUGUAACUUUUAUCGUGUCUGUUUCGUAUCUUUUUUGCCAAACUCUAGCUGUAUUCACUUCGUUGCAAAAGUUGGAAUGUUUAUCGUAAGAAUGUUGUGUCCAGUUCUUUUUACCUUUUAGUAUUGUCAUGGUUUUCCAGUUUAGAUUGUCUAACCUAGCUCCAGUAAGUUGUCGGAGAAAGUGCAAAAAAUAAUUAGAAAUCAUUCGAAGUCAAUUACAUAAUGAUCUGAAUUCUAUUACUAUUUUUGCGUUGAUUGAUAUGCUCUAUUUACAGUUAGAUUAUUUUAUUAGGAAGUUGUUAUUUUUGUAUUCAGCUUAUAGCAAAUGUUUACAUCUUCGGAAGGCAGUGUUAAGUUGUUAGUUCCGAAUGCUAUUUACCUAAUUAAGUACGUGGGUAGUUGCGUCAGAGGCCUUUGGCGAUGGAAUAAUAACUAGCAUCCGGAUUGGUGAGGUCGGUUAUUGACAUUACGUCUCAUUGAAGAAGACAGAGAGAGAUCCUAGAUAAAGUAUGAUAGACAGCAUGGUAUGUUUUUCUUCUCGUUUCUUAAUAGGUAUACUAGCUGUUACUCGCGACUUCGUUCACGUGAAACCUCACUAAUAAAGCUAUAGAAGUUUCAUGCAAACUUUGCCACCCCUUUUUACCCCAUUAGGGGAUGAAUUUCGCAAAAUCCCAUCUUAGUGAGCAUCUACGUCCUAAAAGGAACCCCCAUGCAAAGUUUCAUACUCCUAGAACUUGUCGUUUUUGAGAUUUCUUGAUGAGUGAAUCAGUCAAUCAGUGAGUGAGUGACUUCGCUUUUAUAUACAGGGUGUUAGUGGCAUUGUAUCAUCACGGUCAGAAUCAUCCCUCAAAGUUUUCGUUAGGAUGUCACUAACACCCUGUAUAGAAGAUAGUAAGAAAUAUAAGUAACUAAGACAAUCUAAACUGGUGUAACUGCCUAGCCUGUGAUUUAUCUAACAUUUAGUUGUACUUAGGGCUAACCAAGGCGCUUGUAGAUAUGUAAGUAAUUUAAGUUUUUGCUUAAUUGUCCUGGAGUCAAAAAAUGCCACAUUGAAUCAAUUCACCCAAAAAGAAAUAUUGUAAUUUCACAUUUGCGCACAUAAAACUAAAUAGUAAUAGAUGUCAACUAAAUAGUAAUGAGGUCUUUGCGUAGCAUCUGCGGUGUGAAGUUGAGUGAUAGAGUGAGAAACAGUGUGAUAAGACAGAGAUGUGGUGUAAAAGACGAUAUAGUGACUAGGAUUGAGAAGGGAAUGUUAGGUUGGUUUGGACACGUUGAGCGGAUGAAGGAUAAUAGAAUUGCAAAAGCGGUAUAUAAAGCGAAAGUUGAUGGUAGGGCUGGCAGAGGAAGACCGAGAAGGACUUACGAUGAUCAAAUUGGAGAUGUCCUUAGAAAAGGUUCAAUACGAUCUACUCUGAACCGGCGUGCGUGUAUGAAGCGAUUGAUGAAUGUGGAGGAAGCAAGAGAAGUGUGUCAGGAUCGAAGCAAAUGGAAUUCUAUAGUCUCUGCUUACCCCGGUGGGAAAUAGUCGUGAGUUUAUGUAUGUAUGUAAUAGAUGUCAAAUAGCAAUGUUGGCCCUUUUUUAUGUGAAAUGCAUCAAUGUAGCUUUUUUAACCCACCUGUUCGUAUUUCCUACGAUGAAACAAUGCAACAGUUAUAAUUGUUUUAGGAAACUCCGCAUGGUUAUUAUAAGUCAAAGCACUUUCAACAGUAUUUACCAAAAGUAAAACAGGACUUUAGUGUUCUCACUAAAUGGUAUUCAAAACCGCGUCCCGAACGUAGUUGAUUGUGAAUAUAUUUAAAAAAUACAUCAUAAUUCCAAUCCGAAUAAAAUUACGAAAAAUAAUAUUUUGUUUAUCAUUUGCUGUGGAUUUCCAUAAAGGAAUAGUCUGCCAUAGUAGAUCAGACUAGGUUAUCUGUAUUUUGUAUUUCUCUACAUAUCCUAUGUAACGAUUUUUUUUAAAUAUUAUCCCCUCCACAUUUUUUCUUUUUAAAGCAUAGUUUUCUGUGCUUUAGUAGUAGGACUUUAGUGUUAACUGACACUGUUCUGUCGGCUGUUAUCGGCCUGAAAUGACAUUAUAUAGUAUAACUAAACGUAUAUAUUUUUUUUUAUCAAACAUAUAUUUAUUUUGGGUGCAUAAUGUUGCUAAUUCCUGUAAAUACAAUCUAAUUUUAUUUUAAGUUAUAUCUGUCAUUUUCUUAUCCGCCGAAAAGGAAAGGGACGGGUAAUCGACAAGCAUAAAAUUUAUGGAACACACGUAAAUUUUAAGCACAAAUCUAAAACAACCGUCUAAAAAUUUUACAUUGGCCAAUAACCCGACAUAAUUAAGUUGACAGCAUACCUCAAACGGUUUGCAUACCAGCGAGAUACCUUUUUGAUUCGCCCGGGUUAUUCAUUCAUUUAUUCAUUCUUCCUAAAAUUAAGAGCUGUCAAUCAUCCGUCCCUUUCCUUUCCGGCGGAUAAGAAAAUGACAGAUAUAACUUAAUAUAAAAUUAGGUGUCUGCAGGAAUCGGGGCCAUUGCAUAUGAAUGGUGCUAACAGCAUGUCUCAUAAUAAUUAUUUCUACCUCUAAAGAUAACGAAACUUAUAUUGCGUAGGUACUUAAAAGUAGGCAAACCGGGUUUCUUUGUAUUUAUUUUGUCAGUGAUGCGCCAAAAAGUACAAUAAAACAUAUUUUUGGGUGAACAGAGGGACUAGUUGAAAUGCAUUAAGGUUCAAAUUCAAUCAAAAAUAUCUUUAUUCAGUAGGUAACAUACACUUUGAAACUCAGAUGAGUCGUCAUUUUUUACAUAAGGAACGUUUCAUUCGAUUUAUAACUACUGCAGCUUCACAACCUACGCUUAGCCAAACAAUGGUGACUAUUCCAGUAAUAAACUUAAUUUUAAUUUAGGUUGAUAGUAAUAAAACUACCGGUUGGCACUGUUGUUAGUGCUAUCGGCCUAAAAUAAAUUUAAAAUACAAGUAUCAUCAGUGGAGGUUCUUGGACCAGUUUCGCCCAUUCUACUUUGGCCGCCAGAAAUGGAAAUCUGUUGGAUUAGCAUCAAAUGACAUUACGAUAGCUUAUUACAUUUUUAUUUGUUUAAUUUCAUUUAUGCGAAUGCGCGAAUGCAUCUUACCUAGCCCCUCUAGUCGUAAAAGCAGGAAUCCUCGAAUUUAAUACCCAAAAGUAUAGUGCCAUAACAAGUAAGUAGUACAAAUGUAUCAAAGUAUAUGAUUAGUAUUUCCAAUUGAAAUUGUUUUCUAGUGUAUAAGUUCCUUCUUCCGAAUUUUGUUGUUCGCGUAGAUUUAUUUCGACCCGCUCGAAUAUCGCUCUAAGCUUUGUACAGUAAUUUUGUAAUAUUUUAUUUUCAAUGAAUAAAAAGUCUGCAAGAUUUAA